UUUGUUUUAUAUUCCUCAACUUUUGAAGAUUUCACGACACUCCCUCCUCCUCGUCCGACUUGUUGAUAAAACUAAACCAACAUGGGUGCUUGUUUGGCACUUGGUUCCCUCGCCAGUUGUGCGUCCUGUUUGUGUGGGUCGGCCUCCUGCCUCCUGUCAUCAUGCUGCCCGUCAACAUUCAACUCCACCGUGAGCCGGCUGGCCUUCUCCUUCCUGAUGAUGCUUGGGACUCUGGUGUCCAUCAUAAUGAUUCUCCCAGGCAUGGAGGAACAUCUUAAAAAGAUUCCAGGGUUCUGUCUCGGUGGCACAUCCAUACCUGGCAUAGAAAACAAGGUGAACUGUGACAUCAUCGUCGGCUACAAGUCGGUGUACCGCAUGUGCUUCGCCAUGGCCUGCUUCUUCUUCCUCUUCUCCGUCAUCAUGAUCCGAGUGCGCAGCAGCAAGGACCCCCGAGCCGCCGUCCAAAAUGGCUUCUGGUUCUUCAAGUUCCUGUUGUUGGUUGGCAUAACAGUGGGAGCUUUCUUCAUUCCAGACGGCCUCUUUAAUACAGUGUGGUAUUACUUCGGCGUGGUGGGCUCGUUCUUCUUCAUCGUCAUCCAGCUCAUUCUGCUGGUGGACUUCGCCCAUUCCUGGAACCAGGCCUGGCUGGUGAAGGCAGAAAAUGGAAACUCCAAGUGCUGGUUUGCAGCCCUGCUAACCUUCACCAUCGUCUUCUACGCCCUGGCUUUCAUUGCCGUUGUGCUCUUCUACGUGUUUUACACCCAAGGUGACGACUGCACCGAGCACAAGGUCUUCAUCAGCCUCAACUUCAUAUUCUGCAUCGUUGUGUCCAUUGUGGCCAUUCUGCCCAAAGUUCAGGAGGCUCAGUCCACCUCAGGUCUACUCCAGGCCUCCUUCAUCUCCCUCUACACUAUGUACAUCACCUGGUCCGCCAUGAGCAACAACCCCAACCGGAAGUGUAACCCCAGCCUGUUGAGUCUGGUCCAGCCCAUUAGUACAACUCCAGCACCAGGACCCGCUCCUACCAAGGCCCCUGGAAGCGUCCAGUGGUGGGACGCGCAGGGCAUCGUGGGAUUGAUCAUUUUCCUGUUCUGUACUCUUUAUGCCAGUAUCCGCUCCUCCAACAACAAUCAGGUGAACAAGCUGAUGCUGACGGAGGAGGGCGACGGUCUGACCACGGACUACGAGGCCGCGACAGGGGAGGACGGAGUCCGACGGGCCGUGGACAACGAAGAGGAGGGAGUCACCUACAGCUACUCCUUCUUCCACCUCUGCCUCUGCCUGGCCUCCCUCUACAUCAUGAUGACUCUCACCAACUGGUAUAUGCCCGACGACGACUACCAGACCAUGCAGAGCACCAUGCCGGCCGUGUGGGUGAAGAUCAGCUCCAGCUGGAUCGGCUUGUUGAUCUACCUCUGGACCCUGGUGGCCCCAGUGGUGCUCUCCGACAGAGACUUCAGCUAAAAAAAAGUCUCUCAACAUGUGGCUGUUAGCCUGUUGCCAUUUUUUAAAAGAAAGAUAGCUUAAGCUUCAAACUGAUUAUCUUGCGCUUGCAACUUCACAUUUAAAAGUAUGAAAUGGUAAUGGGAAUUCAGUGCAUGUUUUGCCUAAAUGUUGAUUUUUUUUUUUUUUUUUUUUUGUGGCUCGUAUUGAAACCGGCAGUUUUGAAUGAACAUAAGAUUUGUUUUAUUUGAGCUUUAAAGACACAUUCCAGGUUUUACACCUCAGGUCAUUUGAUAUCUUUCACUGUUACUAAUAAUCUAAUAGAGAGCACCGUGCCUUUUUAUAUAUAGGACAAGACCAAAUGCAACUUCAAUGAUCCCUUUUAGGUAAUAGAUGUUUUGGAUUUGUUACACUACAUUUAUUUUAGUUGUUCGUACAUAGCGUUCAUCGUUCCCUAUAAAUCAGUUUGAUUUCAUGGAAAGGUGUUGUUAUGCCUUUUUUUUAUGAUACAACUUUGCCAAAGCUUAUAACAAGAGUGUCUUAUUAUAUUUUGCACAAAAGGAAUAAUUUUGUAUAUGUUUUAAAACAUUUUAGAACAUGCAUUCACAUGUAAAACAUUGCCUCCUCAAUAAACUAUAUGUUCACUUUUUGCUAUAAUCAAUAAAGUUCACCAUUUGUUUAAUGUCUUCAA